AUUAUAUAAUCAAAUCAUCAUCGCAACGGCGACGUUUUCAUACGAAAAACGACGUGACGUUCUUAUAUAAAAUAUAUACACGACACGACUGGUAACUUAAAGGAAGGCCUUAUCUUUUCUCCAGUCCUCUCCCUCGUUUAAGCGCUAAAACUCAAUGGCUUCCACACUUGUUGUUCCUCAACUUCUCUCUUCUCCCACGAGUCUCAACGUCGCAGCUCCAAGAACCUAUACCUUCAACGCACACAACACUCGUCGAACAGUGAAGUGCUCUUCAACCCCAGAACCAAAAGAUCAGCAGUUCCUCGACCUCACACCUUCACCAGACUCCAUCAACACCACGAGCACCGAGACCUUCCCCAUCGAGAAACGUCGAAGAUCCGAGAUCAUACGCGACAGGAGACAGAGAGGCAUCGAGAAGCCAGAGCCACCGAACUUCGAGAUAGGUUGGAAGAGAACGAAAGAGAUAAACUUGGAGAAGCCCAAAGGGUACGUGAUAAUGGACUUCUUGGAGAAGUUCGAAGGGUUGAUGGCGAGAGAGUUUGGUUCCAAGGAGCUUUUGGCUAAAGCUGGGGAGAUAGUGGCCGAGAGAGCGAGAGAAGAAGCUGAGGUUUUGAGAGAUGAAGGUGAAGUUGAGGAGAGGAUGGUGACUGAGCUUUUCAGGGUUUUGAAGUUGAUGGAGAUGGAUUUGGCUAUGGUUAAAGCUUCUGUUAAAGAAGAGACUCUUAGUGAGAGGAUUGAGCAAGCUAGAGCGAGAUGUAGACAAGCUAUUCUUGUUGCUAAUUCUUUUUAAGACCCAAUCUGUAAAAGAUCUUUAACUUGUUUGGUUCUGUAAUAAUCACAAAGAUUCAUACUCUUCUUGUUCUGUCUGAAUUGGUUAUAGUUUCUUUAAAAGAUAUCAACUUGUUUGGUUCUGUAAUAACAAAGAUUUAUGCUUUU